UCGCCCCCUACUAGUAAUUCCAAAUAUUGUUCUCCAUCCAAACCGCAUACGCACUGAUCAAUAUGGCCCUCAGGCAACAUUUUGAUCUCGUCGUUAUUGGCGCUGGUUUGUCAUGUCGCCCAAGUCAAAUGUGUCCCGGUGCAUUACCUCGGCCUAUGUUGCUGUUUGCUAAACUCAGGCAUAAAUAAUAAAUAGGCUGGGCGGGGCUGGUGAAUGCCAAAACGUACCAGCAUUUGCAUCCUCGUCAUUCUGUAGUCCUUCUGGACCAAAACGAGAGCCUUGGUGGCACAUGGUCUAAAGAAAGACUGUACCCCGGCUUGAAGACCAACAACCUCAUCACCCUUCUCGAGUAUCCGGAUUUUCCCAUGGUUCCCGAGGAAUUUGGAGUCGAGAGAGGUCAGCAUAUUCCUGGGCACGUAGUCCACGAGUACCUGUGUCGCUACGCCAACAAAUUCGGGAUUGCAGAUAAAGUCAGGCUCAAGCAUACGGUUGUCAGCGUUGAGCAUCGGGACCAAGGCGGGUGGAUCAUAACAACUGAAGCUGGGGGGGAAACCACCAAAAUCGGUGCGGCAAAGGUCGUGAUCGCCACAGGGCUUUCGUCACAAGAGUUUCUUCCGAAGUUUGAUGGUGAAGAGACUUUCGGUUCACCGAUAUUCCACUCCAAGCAUUUCCCAAAGUACGCACAUACAAUCGAUACAGCGAAGUCUGUGACAGUUUUGGGCGGACCGAAAUCGGCCUGGGACGCUGUCUACGCCUACGCGUCCAAGGGGGUGCGUGUCAACUGGGUGAUACGUGAAAGUGGCCAUGGUCCAAUUUGGCAAUCACCGCCAUACGUGACACCUUUGAAAAGGUGGCUCGAGAAGCUUGUCAAUACUCGAUUCUUGACCUGGUUCAGCCCCUGCAUAUGGGGAUUCGCAGAUGGAUACACCGGCAUCAGGCGACUUUGGCACGAAACAAGAAUUGGCCGUGCUAUUACUCGUGGGUUCUGGUGGGCAUUACGCAACGACACUGUCAUGCUGAACCGGUACGACUAUCAUCCCGAGGCCAAGAAGCUGAAGCCAUGGACCGAUUCAUUCUUCAGCGGCACAUCCUACUCUAUCUUAAACUAUGACACGAACUUCUUCGAUCACAUUACGAGCGGCAUUGUCAAAAUCCAUAUAGCAGACAUUGUCAGGCUGUCUCCUUCGACAGUACACCUUUCCGACGGAACAUCAAUAGAGACUGAAUUGCUCUUGUGUGCGACCGGUUGGAAGCAUGUGCCACCGAUACGAUUCUUGCCCGAGGGUAUCGAGAAAGAGAUCGGACUGCCUCACACACCAUCGGGAGACGAGCCGAUCUGGAAGAUGGAGCUUGUCCGCAAGGCGGACGAGGAGAUCCUCAAACGCUUUCCUCGGCUGCGAGAUCAACCGAGUAGCAACAACAAAUUCAUCCCGAUGGCUGAAGCCAAAGGGCUAUCUACCCACGAUGAAGAUGGAGUCUCCAACCCGUCAAGGCUCACUGCGUACACACUCUACCGUUUCAUGGUCCCACCAUCUCAAAAGUUCUUCAUGACCAGGGACAUCGCAUUCGCCGGUUUCGCUACCAACUUCUCCAAUGUGAUUUCAUUUCACCUGCAGUCGCUCUGGAUCUCAGCCUUUUUCGAUGGACACAUCGUGGUGCAGGAACAUGACGACGAGACACACAAUGGGGCAAUGGAGAGGCUUAAAUACGACACGCUUCUCCACAAUCGGUUCGGAAAAUGGCGGUAUCCGGGUGGUCGCGGCAGUGACUACCCAGAUUUCGUCUUCGACGCGGUGCCGUACUUUGAUCUUUUACUCACCGAUCUUGGCCUCAAGUCGCAUCGCAAGAAUGGGUGGUUAGCUGAGAUCUCAGACCCGUAUGGGCCGCCUGAUUAUAGAGACGUCGUCUCUGAGUGGGUCUCGAAGACGGAGGCUCUGCGCGCUGGACAGCAGUGAUGCAAAUGUGUCCGAUAAACACUAAUGGAGCGCAUCAUAUCUGGCCGAGCGAUCCUUUGUGCAAGAAGUCGUUGAAAUCGUGUCAUAAGAUCAUAAACUUCUAUAAAAGUAGUCUCUCUAGUUUCGCUCCUAUUCCAAAUUUGUCCAAGGA